UUUUCUGAGUAUUUCUGUAUAUUUACAUCACAAAACAUGUUGCAAAUUCAUGGGAUUUUAGUAAAUGUGUGCACUUUUAGACAGAGAGAAUGAAAACGACAUCAACCCUGGUAGUAGUAUCAACUAUCGCCACGCUCUCAGUAGCAACGGCAGCUACAUCCAAUAGAACGGGAGGAGCGAUAAAUGGAUUCAUGCCGCACCUAGUCAACUCUACAGUGUCAACUAUCGCAGGAGUAUCACAACAGGACCUAGACACACCGCACAUCUCACUCAAAGUUAUGCCUUCAAAACGUAUACACAUCUCACCAAGUGAAAUGAAUGCGCUUUUGUUCACCAUCAAACAGGAAAUUCAUAGGAAGGUCAACCAACUAGAAGAUGAUCUGAUAGAACAUAGACACGAAAACGAAAAACACCUAUCAGCAUGGGCACUCAAUCAAGCUCCAGUAUAUAUGCCAUUUAGAGAUAAUCCGGAAGGGACCAAAAAUAAACAUGAAAGUAGUCUUGAGUUAGAAGUACAAAAAAAUAAACAGAAGGCUGAAGAUAGAAACAGCUCAGGUAAACCACAAGAGCUCGAAACUAAGGACACAACCAAGCCUAAUGAGAAGCCAGCAUGACUCCUAGUACCACGCCAUCACCCAGAGGUAUAUCUAG